AUGAUUUCAUUUGACUUCCAGGAUCGAGAUUUAGGCGAAGAUGAAAUCGAAGACCUCAGGGUAGUAUUUACGGAAUUUGACAAGAACGGUGAUGGGUAUGUUAACUACAAGGAUCUUGGAGACUGCAUGCGGACAAUGGGAUACAUGCCUACCGAAAUGGAACUGAUCGAACUCUCUCAAGUUAUUACCGGAGGUCGUGUGGAUUUUGAGGACUUUGUGGACCUGAUGGGUCCUAAGCUCCUGGCGGAGACGGCCGAUAUGAUCGGAAUGAAAGAGCUGCAACGCGCCUUCAUGGAGUUCGACGCUGACCGGGAUGGUCGCAUCAGCCGGGCCGAGUUACGGGACGCCGUGCGGACUCUGAUGGAGGAACAGCCCCACUCCAAGGAGCUGGAGGAGAUCCUGCGGGACGUUGACCUCAACCGGGACGGCCUGGUGGACUUCGAAGAGUUCAUCCAGAUGAUGUCCAGCUAGUCCACCUUGCUGGCAGAGCGGGGCCAAUCGGUCAAGCAGGAAUUGGAACCUGGUUAAUGGCAGGAGGAGAGAGGGAAACCAUCGUUCAUGGGAAGUGACUAACUAACAGCGAUCUUACCAGAGAGUGAUCAAUCUCUCUCUGUCUCUCUCUCUCUCUCCCUCUCUCUCUCUCU